UUCGAUAUUCGCUUUCUCGUAUUUGCUUCUUGAACUUCUAUUUUUCGCUUAUUUCCUUAUUUUCCUCUGUGCUUUUAGACCAAGUAAACCUAUUUACCAUGUCGUGGUUGCGUCCUAAGCCCAAGGAGAACAGCAACAGCCAGCCCAGACCAGGGAACUCUGGUGCUUUCGGCCAGCCCGCUGGCGGAGCGGCCCAAGGCGGCGGAUUCUUCAACAACUCGCGCCCUCAGCAGCAACAGCAGCAGUAUGCAGGCCAUUACCAGCAACAGCAGCAACAGCAGCAACAGCAGCAGCAGGCCCAGGGGGGUGCAUUCCGGGGCGGACAUCCGGGAUACGGGCAGCAGGCCCCAGGUGGCGGACACCCAGGAUUCCAGCAGCAGCAGCAGCCUGCUGCUGGAUACUACGGUGGCCAGCAGCCGUCAACGCAGGCCCGCGGUGAGAGCCGGAGCGGCGCGAACUCUUCGGCGUCGAUGCGGUCGGCGUCGCAGGCGUCGAGCCGUAGCGAGCACAGCACGAUGGCGAGCAACGGGCUGCCAAGCGCAAGCGGCAACUCGCAGCCAGUGAAGCGGUCGGGGAUCCUUGUGAUCCGGGUCAUGGAGGCGCGCAGCCUGGUGUAUCCGCCGGGCUCGCAGCAGCUGAUGGCGCGCUAUGCCCCGUACAAGAACGAGGCCCACCAGCGGCCGUAUGCCGUGGUCGAGUUUGACAAGAAUGAGGCCGUGGUGACUAGCCUGGGCGGCGACAUGCACAAUCCGAUCUGGAAGUACCGGGUGAGCUUUGAUGUGUCGCGCACAAGCCCGGUCAUGGUGUCGCUGUACCAGCGCACAGCCGAGCUGCAGUACCAGCGCGCCCCGCAGCCACGUGGCUACCAGCGGUUCGGCAACGGCAACGGCGGAGCGCAGGGCCGCAACGGGCCGUCGCAGCAGCAACAGCAGCCACCGCAGCAGUCGCCGAACGGCCAGCAGGGGGCGACCAGCGGAGCCAUUUUCCUCGGAGCAGUGCAGAUCAUGCCCGACUUCCAGGACGGGCGCCUGUACGACGACUGGAUCCCGCUGCUGGGCGGAGCCGGCAACUCGGGCCACCUGCACGUGCAGUACUGCUUCAAUAAGAAGGACGCAACGCCGCUCUCGAUCGACCAGUUCGAUCUGCUCAAGGUUAUCGGCAAGGGCAGCUUCGGCAAGGUCAUGCAGGUGCGCAAGCUGGACACGGGCCGGAUCUACGCAAUGAAGAUUUUGAGCAAGUCCAAGAUCGUGAUGCGGUCCGAGGUGGCCCACACGCUGGCCGAGCGCAACGUGCUGGCCAAGAUCAACCACCCGUUCAUUGUGCCACUCAAAUUCUCGUUCCAGACGCCCGAGAAGCUGUAUCUGGUGCUCGCCUUCAUCAACGGCGGCGAGCUGUUCCACCACCUGCAGCGCGAGGGGCGGUUCGACCAGCACCGAAGCCGGUUCUACGCCGCCGAGCUGCUGAGCGCACUCGACUGCCUGCACUCGUACAACGUGAUCUACCGCGACCUGAAGCCCGAGAACAUCCUGCUGGACUACAGCGGGCACAUUGCGCUGUGUGACUUUGGGCUGUGCAAGCUGAACAUGAGCGACAACGAGACGACCAACACCUUCUGCGGCACGCCCGAGUACCUGGCGCCCGAGCUGCUGCAGGGCCGCGGCUACACAAAGACGGUUGACUGGUGGACGUUCGGCGUUCUGCUGUACGAGAUGAUGACAGGCCUGCCACCCUUCUACGACGAGAACGUGAACGAAAUGUACCGGCGGAUCCUGGAGGACGAGCUGGUGUUCCCCGACGACAUGGGCAACCGGGCCAAGUCGCUGCUGCGUGGGCUGCUGCAGCGCGACCCGCGGCGCCGCCUGGGCAACAACGGCGCGUCCGAGAUCAAGGAGCAGCCGUUCUUUGCCGAGAUCAACUGGGACUACCUGAUCGGCAAGCAGUAUGAGCCGCCAUUCAAGCCCAGCGUGGCGUCGGCAAACGACACCAGCAACUUUGACGAAGAAUUCACCGCCGAGCCGCCCCAGGACUCGUACAUUGCUGACUCAAAUCUGUCCGAGACCGUGCAGGAGCAGUUUGUCGGGUUCACGUACGACGGCAGCGGCGGCGCAAUGUCGCUGGCCCAGAGCAUGACCAUGAACAACAUGGACAACUACCGCAACUAGCCAUAGCUUUAAAGCUCUUUUCUUCUGGUGAACUCAGUCUCUACAUUCAUAUCCAUAUCUCCAUUUGCAUCCAGUGCUGAGCACUGCGGAUCUCAUGUAUCGACUUGAUGGCCGCUCUUUCUUCGUGUCUUUUGGUCGGUCCCAAUACAUUAAAGGCGUAUCCCGGCAAGCAUUAACUAGGAAAGCAG